UUGUUAUUGUGUUACACGCUUAACGACUUUAUUGUUAGUUAUAUUAUUUAUAAAUAAUAAUAAUAAAAUAUCAAUGGAUAACUAUUUGGCGGCCUUUCAAGAGCAGCAGCAACAAAUGUGCAAUGCCGCCUUGAUGAAUGUGUAUGCUAACUUGGCAACUACACAUGCUAUGAAUUUUUCUGGUGGUGGCUACAUUGGAUACGGGCCACAAGUUGGACCAUUGAUGCAACCAUUUAACGGUGCAGAAAACGAUGAUGACGAUUGUGAAGAUGAUGAUGAAGACGAGGAACAAUCUCGCACCUUGUUCUGCAGUAACUUGGACGAACGCGUGACAGAGGAAAUACUCUAUGAAGUAUUUCUACAAGCUGGCCCUAUAGAGAGCGCGCGUAUUCCUUUGGACAAUACUGGACGUCAACGGAAUUUUGGCUUUGUUACAUACCAGCACAAAAGUGCAGUGCCUUAUGCAGUUGAGCUUUACCAAGGCUUAGAGCUGUUCCAAAAAAAGUUGACAAUCAGGCAACAAUGCCCGGAUAAACCGAAGAAAUCUCCGGCCUCUCAAUCACGGAUUCAUAAUCCAUUUUCAAUUGAUUUGGCUCCCACAGCGAUGCCUCUAAAUGCUCGUCACAGUAUGCAUGAUAGCAAACAAUUCGAUCGCAACUCUGGUGUACAAAAUAAGUAUAAUAGCAACAAUGAUGUGAGACGACGCAGCGAUAGUGCCGUCAUUGAUCGCAAACGGGCAAGACCACAUCAACAGCAGCAGCAUAACAACAGUGGAGGCAAUCGGAGAUCUGAUCAACGUUAUAAUCAUGGCAGGAGAAGAUUACUCUAAAUGAAAGUUAGAAUGUCUAAAGAAUGGCAUUCAAUUCAAAUGUUACACUUCUUUUAUUAGUCUGUAAUACAAAUACAUAUAAGCGUAGUUUAAGUACCGCUAGAUACAUUAUGUGUCUAUAUUGCAUUUGAAGCAGUGGCCAUAUGUAAAUCUCAAUAAUCUAUUUUUCUGUAAGCCGCACUGUACAGCUAUAAUAUUUCAAAUAAAUUAAUUUACAUGAAC